GCAUCUUUAAAGCAUCAACACAUUGCCAAAUGCCAACUACCCUACGUUCUAUGUUUUUAUUAUUUCCUUCUCCUACUUUUAUUCAUCAUAGACUCCCUAGAAGCAAAACAAUUUGAUGAAUAAGAAUGAGAAAUUCAGCACAUGGUUUGUGCUUUAAGAGACAAAAAAUUGGGCCAAACAAAACAGAUUCAAUAAAAAAAAACAUGCAACAUAAAAAAAAAAAAUCACGUAACAUAAAAAAAAACAUGUAAACAUGUUAGAUGAAGUGUGAGUAAUCGAAGGGAAUGGUGAUGCGCGUAGUAUCUUUGUUGAAAGUUGAUCAUGGCGAACUCAUCUCUCUCUCUAAACGCAUCACAACCGUUGAAUCUCUUCUUCAAUUCCACGCCGUUACAGUCACCACCGGUAACUCCACCAACCCCUUCAUCGCCGCCAAACUCAUCUCUCUCUACGACACUCUCAACCACCCUUCUUCAUCUUCCACACUUUUCCACUCCCUUCCUUUCAAAGACACUUUUCUUUGGAAUUCCUUCCUCAAAACCCUUUUCUCUCGCUCUCUUUUCCCUCAACUUCUCUCUUUUUACUCCCUCAUGCGUUCUUCCAAUCUUCUCCCCAAUCAAUUCACAUUCCCCAUUGUUGCUUCUUCUUAUGCUCACUUGUUGCUUCUUCCUUCUGGGAUGAACCUUCAUGCAUUGGCUUCUAAAUUAGGCCUUUUUCCUUCUAGUUCUGCUGUUGGGUCUUCCUUUGUGUCUUUGUAUUCGAGGUGUGGUCAAAUGAAUGAUGCGGUUAAGGUGUUUGAUGAAAUUCCUGUUAGAGAUGUUGUUGCUUGGACUACACUUGUUAUUGGGUAUGUGCAAAAUGGGGAGUGUGAGAAGGGUUUGAAGUGUCUUAGUGAGAUGUUUGGGAUUGGUGAUGAUGCUCAGAAGCCUAACUCUAGAACAUUGGAGGGUGGGUUUCUUGCUUGUGGGAAUCUGGGUGAUUUGUUCAAUGGCAGGUGUUUACAUGGUUUGGUUGUGAAAAAUGGGAUUGGAAGUUCGGUUGUUAUACAAUCUUCGAUUUUGUCUAUGUAUUGUAAAUGUGGGGUGCCCGAUGAAGCUUAUCGAAGCUUUUAUGAUGUGAUGAACAAAGAUCUUUUGUCUUGGACAUCCAUCAUUGGUGUUUGUGCUAGGUUUGGGAUGAUGAGUGAUUGUGUGAGGUUGUUUUGGGAAAUGCAGGAAAAUCAAGUGCACCCGGAUCGAAUUGUUAUUGGUUGUAUUCUUUCGGGUUUUGGUAAUUCCGUGGAUGUAUCAGGAGGGAAAGCUUUUCAUGGAUUAAUCAUUAGGAGACAUUAUGUGCCUGAUGAAAUGGUUGAUAAUUCAUUGUUGUUUAUGUACUGCAAAUUUGGAAUGUUAAGUUUUGCUGAGAGGCUUUUCCACCAGUGUCAAGGGAGCAUAGAGUGCUGGAACUUUAUGGUUGUUGGUUAUGGUAGAAUAGGCAAGAAUUUAAAAUGUAUUGAACUCUUCAGGGAGAUGCAAUAUUUAGGUAUUUGUUCUGAACCAGUUGGUGUCGUUUCUGCAAUUGCUUCGUGUGGCCAGUUACAAGCAAUCAACUCGGGAAGGUCAAUUCAUUGCAAUGUGAUCAAAGGUUUUGUGGAUGAGACUAUCUCGGUCACCAAUUCACUCAUAGAGAUGUAUGGAAAAUGUAAUAAGAUGACCGUUGCUUGGAGAAUAUUUAAUGGGUCGGAGCAGGAUGUUACCUCGUGGAACACUCUGAUUUCAGCUCAUAUUCAUGUCAAGCAUCAUGAAGAAGCCAUAAACUUAUUUAAUAAAAUGAUUAUGGAAGACCAGAAUCCUAACACAGCCACAUUGGUGGUAGUGCUUUCAGCUUGUUCUCACCUUGCAUCUUUAGAGAAAGGAGAAAGAGUUCAACACUACAUAAAUGAAAAAAGUUUUAAGCUCAAUUUACCUCUUGGCACAGCUUUGAUUGAUAUGUAUGCCAAGUGUGGGCAGCUAGAAAAAUCAAGAAAGGUAUUUGACUCAAUGAUGGAGAAGGAUGUAAUUUGCUGGAAUGCAAUGAUCUCGGGUUACGGAAUGAAUGGAUAUGCAGAAUCUGCAAUGGAGAUAUUCGAUCUUAUGGAAGAGUCAAAUGUUAAGCCAAAUGGAAUUACUUUCCUCUCUCUUCUCUCAGCAUGUGCCCAUGCAGGGCUUGUUGAAGACGGGAAAAUUUUGUUUGCUAAAAUGCCGAGUUUUUCAGUGACCCCCAAUUUAAAGCACUACACUUGUAUGGUAGAUCUUUUGGGAAGGUCGGGUAAUCUAGAAGAAGCAGAAGAACUGGUCUUAUCUAUGCCCAUUUCUCCUGAUGGUGGCGUGUGGGGAGCGCUGUUAAGUGCUUGUAAAACUCACAAUCAAAUUGAAAUGGGAAUAAGAAUCGGCAAGUAUGCUAUUGACUCUGAACCAGAAAACGAUGGAUACUAUAUAAUGGUAGCCAAUAUGUAUAGCUCAAUUGGGAGAUGGGAAGAAGCAGAAAAUGUGAGAAGGACAAUGAAAGAUAGGUGUUUGCUGGGAAAGAAAGCUGGUUGGAGUGUGCUUUGAGCUAAAAAUUCCUUUCACUCAAGCCUCUAAUCUUUGGAAGGGUCAAAGGAAACUUCUGGAAGUUUACCCGAGUGAGUGCAAUGAGCUUAAUUUCUUAAAUCUCUCCUUCCAUAUUAGCUUAUUAUUAAACAUCUGGUAUUAGGAAGCUGACAUGAUCAAGCUUGAAAACCUGUUUGCAUCAUAGCUUCCAUGAGCAUUUGAUGCCCACUAUUUUGGAUGCACAAGUCAUGCACAUAUGAUAUAAUUGAGUUAGCAACGAACUGGCUUUUAAAUAUCAUAUGGGAUUUUGAACUUUGAAAGUUUUGUGUGGCAGGAGCAAACUGAGCUUAUGCAUAUUAUGGAAAUUUUGCAGGGGUACGCAUUUCAUACAAUCCUUUGGCUACCUGGAUGCUCCUAUUCCAAGUUACCAAAGUUAAUUAAGAAUCCAAGGAAGUAAGGAACAAACAUUUUAUUAAACAGAGUACAGGUUGCAGAGGAAGAAAAUGAUAGAUAUCUUGAUAUUCUUGAUACAUGUAUUCUUCUACAUCAAAAACCUUUUCAACAUCUACGACUGACACAGCACACAUCUGCUUGCAAACAUGUGGA